CAACACGAUGCGCAUACACCGUGGUGUGAUCGGCCGCAGUUGUAUCGUGUAUUAAAUUGAGCUGAAAGUCGAAGUGGUAUUUUGCCGCGUUUCCGACCGAAAAUUCGCGUCCCGAUCCAACAAAUUUUCGAAAUGACACGUAGAUUUCUAAUGUGAUAACCUGUAACCUCCGUCUACGAGCCCACUAUAGUGUUCCUCGCCACAGUAUCAAUUUGCCACAAUGUCUUAUCCUGGCCAGCCACCAAUGGGUAUCCCAGGGAUGCCACCUAUGCCAUAUAUGGUUAGUGCACCUCCACCAAUUUUAGGAGGAGUCAUGCCUAUGGCCCACAUGAUUCCAUCACCCGUAUCUACGAUGCAGACAUCCGCGCCGGCAGUACGUUACUCGCGCAAUCAGAAUCGCCACGAUAAUAAUCGGAGGCGCGAGAGAGAGUCCGGCCCACCUGUCACGGUAUUCAUUGGUAAUAUAAUGGACAGAGCGCCCGACGUGAUGAUACGACAUAUUCUGGGCGCUUGUGGACACGUUCUUUCUUGGAAGAGAGUACAAGCGUUCGGCUUUUGUGAAUACGCGGGUCCUGACGCGGGCCUCAGAGCAGUCCGAUUACUUCAUGACAUGGAAAUAGGCACGAAAAAGCUCGUUGUCAAAGUGGACGCUAAAGCCAAGGUAGUCCUGGACCAAUUUAAAGCUGAACGAAGGAAGAAACUUAAAGGAGGUCAGUCACCUCUACAGGACGAAGCACCCGGAGAAGGAGUUGAUGGCGAAGAGGGUGAAGAUUAUAUGGACGAAGGCAUGAGAGUAGUUGAUGCUGAUGCGCUCGCUCGCAUCAAUCAAAUUAUAGCAGAGCAUGCUGUGGAUCUAGAAAUGGCUCAGGUUGCUCCAGAGGAACACCAGACAAAAAUGGUAGCUAAAUCAUUAAACCUGGAUGAUGCUGAAAUAGAAGAGAGUAAAAGAGACUUGAUUACUCGGGAAAUUGGCAAAUUCAGGGAGGUCAUGAAGAAGCAGGAGGAGGAGAAGGCCCAGGUGAAGCGAAAGAAGGAAGCUGUCGAAAAAGAGGAACGCGAGAAGCGAGAAAAAGAGCGACGCGAUAAGCGUGACGAUGAAGCCCCCAACAAGGAUGAUCAAGAUGGAGACCCUGGUAGUCCUACGUCUCAUAAAGGUCGUAGUGAUAGCACUCGAAGAGAUAAACGUCGAUCUAGAUCUAGAUCUAAAGAACGUGACAGAGAUCGAUUAAGAAAUGACCGAGACCGGGAUCGAGACAGAGAUCGCGAGAGAGAUCGAGAGCGGGAACGGGAACGGGAACGGGAACGAGAACGGGAGCGGGAACGAGAGCGAGAGCGGGAUCGAGAUCGUGAAAGGGAGCGUGAACGGGAACGCGAGCGAGAUAGAGAAAAGGAGAGAGACAGAGAACGAGAAAGGGAACGAGAGCGGGAAGAGGUGAGAAAGAGCGAAAGAGAGAUUAUGCGUGAGAGGGAGGAAGAGGAGGAGGCAAAAGAGCGAAAGAAAAAUGAAAGGCGAGCCAGGGAAAAGGAGGCGGCAUAUCAGGAACGUUUGAGAGCGUGGGAGACACGCGAACGACGCAAACAGAAGGAGUACGAGAAAGAAGCAGAGAAGCGUCGUGCGAAACGCGAAGCCAGAGAAAGGGAGGCGAAACGUCUGAAAGAAUUUCUCGAGGAUUACGAUGAUGAUCGCGAUGAUUCCAAGUAUUACAAGGGUAAAGAAUUGUCUCGUCGACUCGAAGAACGAGCACUGGAAGCGGAAGCUGAUUCGCGAGAUCGUUAUGCUGAACGCCAAGAGCUUCAGCGUCUGCGUGACAAAUUAUACGCUGAUGCCUCUAAUCCGGAUCCUGCCGCGGAAUUUGAAAGGUUGAAAGCCGAAAGGGAAGAACAGUAUAAGCCUAAACCAGUAAUAACUAUAAUUGACGAAGAGGAUGAUAAGGCGGCGAAGAAAGACAAGGAAAUAAUGCCGCCGUUAGAAACCGAGCCAAUAGAGAGUGAUAGUGAUGACGGUGUGCAGUUUGACGAUGUUUCUCAACCAGAAGCACCGUCCAGGACGCCACCGCGACAUCAUCAUCAUCAUCGUCGACAUCAUAGACAUCAUCAGAAUCAUCAUCGUGAUGGUGAGGAGAAUCAAGAGGGAUUAACGGAAAUGGAUCGAGACAGUCUCAAAGAUGCACGGCCAUCACCGGGACAUCAAUCCGCUACGACACCUGCUCAAUCCAUUCCACCGUCAUUAGAUGAAGAUUCACGUAUGUCUCUUGUCAGUGAACCAGAAAAGACAAGCGGUAGUAACUUUGUUCCAUUCGCUAUGGGAAGUGGAGGUAAUCGUUCUAGUGAUCACGGUAUAGGUGGUAAAACUCCGGUCAGUCCUAACACCGCUGCUAAUACAAAUUCACAACAGACGAAUCAAACGCGGAAAAAAGGACGUAUUGAUGUUAAAGAUGUAUUCAACAACGAUGACGAUGAUGAUGCCACUAAUAACGCGAAAAAGCGUAAACUUGUACCUUUAGAUUACGGAGACGAGAAGAAAAAGAAAACCGAAGACGCCACAAAAACGGGAAAAGAAGAAAAUACGAAAAGUCAAGAAGAAAAGCGAAAGCACAUAAAAUCUCUCAUAGACAAAAUACCUACCGAUAAGAAUGCGUUGUUUGGUUAUCAACUCGAUUGGGCACUUAUUGAUAAUACUUUGAUGGAGAAGAGGAUAAGACCUUGGAUCAACAAAAAGAUUAUCGAAUAUAUUGGCGAACCAGAACCUACUCUUGUGGACUUUAUUUGUAGCAAAGUAAUGGCGGGUAGUUCUCCUCAGGGAAUAUUAGAUGAUGUACAGAUGGUAUUGGAUGAAGAAGCUGAAGUAUUUGUAGUCAAAAUGUGGAGGUUACUAAUUUAUGAAGUGGAAGCUAAGAAGAUGGGGUUAGUGAAGUAAAUCGAGUACUGUCCGUAAAUUCAUUAACUCAUGAUUUAUAUUACACAUAAAAUUAUUUCGGCUAAGCAUAAGAAAAUGUUUAGAUAUUACCUAUUUACAGUUUAAUAUUAUAUUAUUAUAUAAGAAGUCUGCCCCCUUCAUAAAUAUGAAGGCGAAAGUUGCUCGAUUAAUAGGUGGUACUAAAUGUGUAGUAAUUAUAGCGUUAAAUAAACUUGUAAUUACGAUUUAUAAUA